GGCCAAUGAUAUACAAGGGAGUUUACCACCUGUUCUACCAAUACAAUCCUAAGGGAGCUGUGUGGGGCAACAUUGUAUGGGCCCACUCAACUUCAAGAGAUCUUGUUAACUGGACCCCACAAAAGGUUGCCAUCUUCCCAUCUCAGCCAUCAGAUAUUAAUGGUACCUGGUCUGGUUCAGCCACAAUCCUCCCGGAUGGCACACCUGCUAUUCUUUACACAGGAAUUAACCCACUAAACCAACAAGUUCAAAACUUAGCCUUGCCCAAAAACCCAUCUGACCCGUACCUCUUAGAAUGGGUGAAGUCACCCAAAAAUCCUGUAAUGGCACCCACCCCUGAGAACCAAAUUAAUGCUAGCUCAUUCAGAGACCCAACCACUGCCUGGCUUGGUGUUGAUGGAAGAUGGAGGUUGAUCGUUGGAAGCAAAAUUAACCGUAAGGGAUUAGCAUAUCUUUACAGAAGUAAAGAUUUUGUUCAUUGGAUUAAAGCCAAACACCCAUUGCAUUCUGCUAAGAAAACUGGAAUGUGGGAAUGUGUGGAUUUUUUCCCAGUGUCAGUUAAUAGCCCAGUUGGGCUUGAUACGUCAACGUUGGGACCACAUGUUAAGCAUGUUCUUAAGGCGAGUUUAGAUGAUACUAAACAUGAUUACUACACAAUUGGAGAAUAUGAUCAUGUGAAAGAUAUUUAUACUCCGGAUGAAGGAUCAGUGGAUGGGGAUUCUGGUUUAAGAUAUGAUUAUGGGAAAUUUUAUGCUUCAAAAACUUUCUUCGACAGUUCCAAGAAUAGAAGGCUCUUAUUGGGUUGGCUAAAUGAAUCUUCAAGUGUUAGUGAUGAUAUCAAGAAGGGCUGGGCUGGAAUUCAUGCAAUUCCAAGAGUUGUCAGGCUCGACAAAUCAGGAAAACAACUGGUGCAAUGGCCAAUCAAGGAAAUUGAAAAGCUUCGUACGAAUCCAGUCCACUUGCCUAGUCAAUACCUUAAAGGAGGAUCUGUGCUUGAAGUCCCUGGUCUCACAGCAGCACAGGCAAAUGUGGAGAUUACAUUUAAGGUAUCAGAUUUUAGCAAAGCAGAAGUGCUAGACACAAGCUGGACCAAUCCACAAUUGCUUUGUAGCCAAAAGGGUGCCUCAGUUAAAGGCAGCCUAGGUCCAUUUGGGCUGCUAAUUUUGGCUUCUAAGGGCAUGCAAGAAUACACAUCUGUUUUCUUUAGAAUAUUCAAAGGCCAGAACAAACAUGUGGUGCUUAUGUGCAGUGAUCAAAGCAGGUCUUCGCUAAAUCCAGAUAAUGAUAAGACCACUUAUGGGGCAUUUGUGGAUGUGGACCCUGUUCAUGAGCAAUUGUCAUUGAGAAGCCUGAUUGAUCAUUCAGUAGUAGAGAGCUUCGGUGGACAAGGAAAGAACUGCAUUUCUGCAAGAGUCUAUCCCACACUGGCUAUAAAUGAGGCAGCCCACUUGUAUGCUUUCAAUAAUGGAAGUGAAAGUGUUACCAUCACAAGAUUGAGUGCUUGGAGCAUGAAGAAGGCUCACAUCAACUGAAAAAAUUAAACUAAGAAUUGGGAAAUGGGGAUGAGAACGACAGAAGCAUGGACUGAGAUACAUAUAUGCAUUAACCAGAGAAAUAUAACUACAAAUCUUGAUUCUUAUUUAUUACCUAUACCUUUAUAAUUCUUGUUUUUCACUCCAUUGUAAUUUGUUCAAGAUGAAAUAAAAGAAGCCAGUGGAUUUGCUUU